AUGAAAAUCUUAGAGGGCAAUGCUGGUGAACUGACAAAUUUUGAGGUCCUUGAUUUCUUACGAGCUAAAGGAGCUUCAAAGGAUCCAACAAGAGUUAUUGCCAAAGUAGCGCAGUCUGAAUACAAGGUUUAUGAUUAUUUGGUUGACACUGCUGCCUCUGUUCAAACAAGAGAGAGCAUCAAUGAGUUCUUAACAAGUGUUAAAUAGUACGACCUGGCAAAAGCUGAGGCUCUGAACAUAUUAAACAUUGGGCCAGCUGCUGAUUUUGAACUAUACCCAGUAAGUAUCAAUAUUUUGAUUUUCCAA